UAAACGGUUCUCAUUUCGUUCUCACUCUCUCUCCAACUUCAAAGUGUACGAUUUUUAGGGUUUAUCUUUCGAGGCUUUCCCAGCCCUCUUAUCUGUCCAAGUCUUAAGGGUUGCAGAAAUGGCGACGACCCAGUUAACAGCAUCAUCAGUGACUGUCUCCGCGAGGAGCUUGGCCUCGUUUGAAGGUCUGAGACCCUCGAGCGUACAGUUGACUUCUUUUGGACUUGUUAAACUAGGACGUCUUAGACAGAACCGGUUCCGUGGUUUGGUCGUCAAAGCUUCUGCUGUUGUUGCUCCUAAGUUUACUUCGAUUAAGCCUUUGGGGGAUAGAGUGUUGGUGAAGGUCAAGGAAGCAGAAGAAAAGAGUGAAGGUGGCAUCUUACUUCCGUCCACUGCUCAAUCGAAACCUCAGGGAGGUGAAGUCGUUGCGGUCGGUGAGGGAAGAACGGUAGGGAAAACGAAAGUUGACAUCUCUAUCAAGACUGGCGCACAAGUUGUAUAUUCCAAGUAUGCAGGAACUGAAGUCGAUUUCAACGAUGCAAAGCAUCUCAUUGUCAAGGAGGAUGACAUAGUGGGCAUUCUUGAAACCGAUGAUAUCAAGGAUCUCAAGCCUUUGAACGACCGAGUCUUUAUUAAGGUUGCCGAGGCAGAGGAGAAAACUGCUGGAGGAUUGUUGAUAGCUGCAACUACAAAAGAAAAGCCUUCCAUUGGAACAGUGAUAGCGGCAGGACCUGGACCUCUGGACGAGGAAGGUAACCGAAGGCCAUUGUCGAUAACCCCGGGAAGCACAGUGCUGUUCUCAAAGUAUGCGGGUAACGAUUUCAAAGGCAAAGAUGGUUCGGACUACAUUGCUCUCAGAGCUUCGGAUGUGAUGGCUAUCCUCUCUUAGUGUAGUUAUUAUAUGCCUUAAAGAUUUGCACAUGAACGAGGGGGAGCCCUUAUCUAAUACAGAAACCGAGUUUGGAAAAUGUUCCUUUUUGUGAUUGCCUCUUUCUUUGAUCAUUGUCCUGCGUUCUUGAGAAUGUCACUUGGGGUUUUUUUUU